UUGGUCAAUUUCCCAUAUCGGUGGUUAAAAAAAGGGAUGCUAGCCGGCCUUGGGGAAAAGUUGCUAGCGGGAGGCGUCGUUCGCGAGAAGGCUAGCGAAGACGCAUCGGCACCUGGCGACCAUCUUACCCGGAGAACAGGGUCUUUGUUAGGCAAACGUUCAUCCCUUGACCGCGGCUACGUUGGGAACUGGUUGUCGCCCCGAGCCCAAGCUCAUUGUCACGAAUCUCGAACAGGUACAGUCGGGUCGAAUGAUAAUUGUUUAAUUACAGGUUUUUCCCAAAGUUCCAAAGGAAGGCUCCGGUGUUCCUUCGUCUCCGACAUAUAUGUAUCUACCAAAGAUUAAUUUGCGAC